AGUCAUCCCGACUACUACUGGCUCUUUGUAUCAAAUGCAAAUAUUUGCUUGGGUGUCGAAGAAGAUUGCAAGGCUUGUAUUAUUCAAGUUUUCCAUGCCCAAUGAGGUUGAGGUCUGGAAAAAUGCGGGGCGUAGCAUGACAGAUUCUGUGCGGUCUUUCUAUUUGUCAUGCCUGUUCUGCAUGACAAACUCCUUCUAACCUUGAGCAAAAUUAAUAGGGCAACUCUUAGGUGUCAUGCACAGGAUGCAUCACAAGUUAGCGCCGUUUUUUGUUUAUUUCCAGACCCAGACAAAUGCGCAGUGCAUACUUUGAGCGGAUACCUGAAAGAACGAAACGCGGAGGGAAAGACUGUGUGCAUGCUUCUGUACAAAAAGCCCAGGCAUAGCACUGGUUUCGUGCUCUCUG